CACAUAAACAUCGAUAUUUCGAUACAAUCCAGACGGUCUUCUUAACACUAUCAGCGCGCCUUUUCUUAAAACGCAGUUUUCUUAUUAUAAAUAAAAAUGCCACCAAAGCGAGCUAAAAAAGCUGCCCCUAAAUCUUCACCGGCAACAAGCGACGAGUCCAAGGCUCUGGAUCCGAACAGUCCGGUGCUAUAUAUUGAGCAUUGUCGCUCUUGACGGGUCUUUCGUCGUCGCGCCGAGGAGUUACAUGCUGCUCUGCAAAGUAAAAUUCAAAAUGCAGACCAGCCUUUCCAGCUCCAAUUGCAACUUAAUGCCCAGGGUGCACCCAGACGCGGAGCAUUCGAGUUGUCCUUCGCCCCACAUCCUACAACAAUAGUCAACGAACAACAAUCCCUUUGGUCCGGUCUGAAACGCACACCGCGUGCCCAAAAGUUUCCCAAUAUCGAUGAAAUAUAUCAGCAAAUAAUGCAGGCAUUCAACAAGUUUACGGAGAAAACGAGCAAACGCAAACGCAAACGCUCAUCAUCAUCGCCGCCAACAUCCUCAUCCAGUUUGCCAAAACGUGCAAAGGAUGCAGCCAUUGAGUCUCCAAAAGCAAAAGUCUCAAAAUAAUGUGAUUUUGCAUCGCUUAGUUAAUUGACAUCGAUAGUUUUUCAGCAGUAGCGCCAUAUGAUCAUUGAACGGUAAAUCCCCAACAGGAGCUGUUCUUUGUGAAGUUUUUGCCUGUAAGCUGAAAAUCUUCUGACGUCAUCCACUAAGAGCAUCGCUUAAGAUCACAUAAAUAAUGAAGAUGAUUAUUGAUUGAUUUUUAUGGAAUAAAAUUCUAUUAAAUAUAGAGCAUUGAAAGAGCUUAUCGUAUAUACAUAUACAUACUUACAAAAUAGAUUGUGUUUCCAUAUAACGAGAUUGUUAUACUUAAGUUUCUCAAUAUUUGUCGUUUGUAAGUUGGAUUCGAAAUAAACAAAAACAAAAUAGA